CUGAAAAUGCGGACUGAUUCAAGCGACCGCACGGAACAGCCUGGAGGCCGUGUAAACGUCUCCCCCGCCGUCCUCUCUCUCUCUCUCUCUCUCUCUCUCUCUCUCUCUCUCUCUCUCUCUCUCUCUCUCUCUCUGUCCAUCCCACACUGCGGGACACUGUCUGACACACGUGUAUCUAAUUUAGGUGACAGCGCAGCGGUUUCCGUUACAAGGAAAUGAUGGAGAAGGAAAGUUUCUGACGCCUCUCCGUUUCGUCGGGACUGUCCGCAGGAAAACUGGAGAACUCUUUUCGCUGUUUCGUUUCGUCCUCAUAACAACGCGGGUCUGAAAAAAAAAUCUGUACGGAUUUGGGAUUAAACGGGUCUCCGACACUGAAAUGUCUCAGGAUUGGAAAUGCAGCUCCACGCCUGUCUGUUGCUUUUUAUUAUCACAACAGAUAAAACAUUGGCCUUGUUGCACCACUGUAACGGAAAUGUCAGCCUGGACCAAGAGCCUGUUGGUCACAUCAGGCUCACUUUAUCUGGACUUCUUACUGACACCAACAGGCUCAACUCCAUGAACCACCAGCCUGACAAAACCCUUUCACUUUGUACUUGGACGAUCGAUAUUCCUCCGGGUAGGACGGUACUUUUGAAGGCAGCCUGGUUGGAAAGUGGUUCGAGCAUAUCAGUGCGAUGUGUUGGGAACGAGGGAGAUCAUGAUUGGGUCCUGGAAAGCGGGGGGACGGCUCUGCUCUCCGGCUGUGACAGAAACAAAGCCACCCUCACUUGGACAGGAGCGGGACAUUCCUCAAAUGCUAUUCAGAUGUCUUAUUAUGUCCAGGAAGAUGAGAGGAAUUCCUCGGAGGACCACACCAGCCCACAUACAGACCGAGACCUCAUACGCUGGUCUCAGACAGGAACCAGCUUUACAAGCACAGUGCCUGUUAGUCAAGAGGCGGUGAGAGGGACAGAAGGGGUCAGAGGUCGCCUCCACGAAGGUCUAGAGUGGAGCCGUAGGCUUCAGUCUGUGUCUGGUUCCUCCUCCCAGGACCAGGGGCUGCUGCACCCCACCUCACUCCUGCAGGGACUCACUGUGGCUGGGAGAGCCGAUAGGGAAACUCUCCCUUUUCCUGAGGAAGGGCUGAACAAUGGAGCGGAUACAUCUGGAGCUGUUCACCUCACUGAUGGUCCCAUAUCUGCCAGAGAGAGAACACACCCCUAUUUUCAGCACACACAUCAUACAGACACAUCAAACACUGCAAACACAGAAACCAACUCUGUCAGUGAGCUCCCUCAAACCAAGAUGGCACUGACAGAUGCAACAGCCAGAAGCUACAACACCUUUCUUGGCACGGAAACAUACAAAUAUGCAAUCAGUCACACAUCUAAACAUGUAGACAGACAUGCAAGUACACAAGCUCACCCCACUGUGUCCAGCUCCAGCAUCCUGCUUGUCACCUCUUCUACCCCUGAGCUACCUUUCCUGACAACCUGGGAGAGUGGUACCGUCCUAAUCCCACAUGGUGGAGCUGUUAGCGGGACACCUGAAGAGAAACACCCCCAUUCUUGGAGGAGCCAGAGAAGCACAGACAGACUUAACUCUGAUUUGACCUCUGCCAUCACCUCUGACCCUUUAAAAUCGCCCACCCAGCCUCCGCAGGAUGACUCAAGCCGUGCACGUGCUGAUACUGAACCCACCGAGCCAUCUACAUCCUCACAGGCUUCCACCAAGACUCAUCAGUCAUCCACCGCCCACAUCACAGAGCUUGACACUGCUGUUAGUACUGUGGCGGCAGCGUCAUUUCACCCAAACAUAAGUCGAAGUGACUCAUUUGAAUCUGCUGCAUCAGAUGUUUCCAGUCAAACUGCUGCGUUUGCGUCCUCUGAUAAAUUUGACAACAGAGGAAAGCUUCACACUCCCACUUCUUCCCCUGAGAGUCAGACAAACUCUCCACAGAGCACAGAGAGCCUCACACACUCAACUUACACAUCAUCUACAUUCACACAAAUGGAAAGUACACAAAGAAAUUUCAUUAAUACAUUCGUGACUACAAACACUGCUCCCUCUUCGCCUGUCAUUACCGAAGCUGAAGGCCGCACUUCAAGUUUCACAGCUUCGUCUUCUACACCCAGAGCAGCUCUGACAUUGGGAGAUGUUGUCAAAGACUCAGCUGCCAUAGGAACUACUUCUGAAACGUAUACGCUGCAUCCCACUUACACACUUUUACAUGAAAACUCACCCACAAAUUCACACAGUCCUGUUCCUCCUUUGCCAUUCGGUACAUCUCUACACCAAUCUACAACUUCACAAAUGCACACUGCGGCUUCUGAUAGUUCACACACCACUCACACACCCACAUCUUUAACCUCUGUGACUGAAUCCACAAAGCUUACAGCGUUUGCCGACCACAAAACGGUGCCUACAUCCUCACAAUCGUCAAUAGUCAAAUCUAUAUCUUCGCACACACCUUUGCUGUCCUCUACUAAAGUCCCUGCUAUGCAUAAACAGUCCCACAACUACAUUACUACUACGCAUACUUCUCUGCUCUCACUCACAACUCCAAAAUCACAUUAUGGACCAGGACACAGAGGAGUAGAAGUAGAGACAGAGGAUGAGUUUUGGCAACGGUUUCCCAGCAGCACAACCACACACACUCCCACAGCUGGACCACCACCACAACCUCCACCCCGGACAACCCCAUAUCCCAGUCAGGAGAGCCAUGUGACGCUCACACCUUCUGCUUUCACCUCUGCACCCACUUGGAGCUCCACAGCUAGUCAGACACCCAAGUUUUACAUUGUGCCAGAUCAGCCUGCAGCUGUUAGAGUGGAGUCAAUUGAGCUGCUGCUGCAGAUAAUCGUAGAGGAGUCCAGAUCGGCUUUUAGCUCUGGCUUGGAGGAAGACACUGCUGCCUGGAUUGAGCCAUACCUACAGAAAGCCCCAGGGUUUAGCAGGCUGCUGGGAGUCUGGAGCAGUGGCCAUGCAGUGCAGAGCCUGGUGGAGUUUAAAACCAGCAGGGCUCUGCAGUGGCUCAGUAUGACAGGACCCACAUCACUGCUGGAGCGAACAGGACUUGCUCAGGCUGUUCGUGAGGGGAAGGGGUUCAGAUCAUCCAAGAUCACCAACAUCACACUGGGAGGUCUGCAGGGUGAUGUGUGUGACUGGUUGCUGCAGUGCCCAGAAGGCUACAAAUGUGUGUCCCAGCCUGGCACUGCAAACUAUAGCUGUUCCUCUGUCUGUCACUUUGCCUACUGCCACCACCACGGCAUCUGUACGCACCAUCCAGGCCAACUUCCAAUUUGCCGCUGUCUUGUAGGAGAGGACUUCUGGUACAUGGGUCAGAGGUGUGAUGUGAGGAUGACUAGAGCACGGCUCGUGGGGGCAUGUCUUGCCAUCUUACUCGUCAUGGUGACAGUCAUUGGCGUUUUGGCCUUUGUGGCGGUGCGACGCUACCGAGCCAUUCUGAUCCAGGCCAAAGUAGAUCAGACCCGCAGCAGUUAUCGCAGGUUCAACCAUUUUGAUGAGCUGUCGGGUCGGUUCUGGUUGCGCUCGUGGGCGGGAUCAGCAGACUCACUGGACAAUCCUGCAUUUACACGCUCCGAUGAGCUGCUGCACCUGCGGGCACUUGACCGCCCUUGCUGUUACCACGACGACACGCUGUCACUGGCUUCCACCUGCCCCAGCCACGGAACACACAUCAAUACAAUCUACCCACACAGCUCUCGGUAUGGUUGGAGGGGAAGUGAAAUGAGUAUGGGGGAUGGUGUGUUGGACUCAGGUAAGGCCAGUGACCUUUCAGUCUGUAGCUGGCCUGUGGAACCCAUUCAGUGGACUCCAUUCCCACUUCUGCAGCAACUGGCUUCCCACAGGACACCCACAGUGAGGGUUUCAAGGCCACGGUCCUACUGUGAAGGCAUGGAGCUGGCAGACCUGGGGAAGAGCUGGACUGCUUGACACACACAUAAAGACGAAUCAAAUCUGUUCUGACACUGGUAUUUGCAGAUAAUUUUUGUAAUCUAAGGCUCAGAUGUUCUUUUUUGUUAAUAAAAAUUGCAAAACAGUAAGUGUAAAUGUGUAUAUAUAUUUUUGUUAAAUUCUUGCUACAUUUUCCAGCUUGAAUCUAAUAUGUUCAUUCUGAAAGGAUGUAGGAUAUACGGUAAAGACUUAAAAACAAAGAGGCUGUGUAAAUAUCCAUGGCUCCGCGUCCAGUAUAAUUCUUGAAUAAACAGAAG